CCCAGCCUUGGCGCCCAAACUCACCCAGCUCACCAAAUUAUUCCUUUGCGCCAGCCUCACCCACCCCCCCUACACCCAACCCCACACCAUGGCAGACAACGAGCGACCGCGGGCAGCAUACAGCGAUCCAUUUGAGCGCGACACCCGUCGCGCACCCCGCGAAAGCCGCGAUCGAGGCGGCACACCCACCGAGCGCCGCGGCAACCGCUCGCGCAGUCCCCAAGAGCGUGGCGGCCGACGCGACAACCGGUACCGCUCGAGAUCGCCCUUCCGCAAAGACGAGGGCAAGGGAAGCCGAGGGCGCGGACGUGGCGGCCACGACCGCGGACGGGGCCGCGAUGACAGGAGAGGCGCUGGAGGACGAGACGAGCGCCCCAACUUCCGCGACCGCUCCCCCCAGCUCCCCAAAGGUCCACGAGGCGACAAUGCGCCUCCAAGCCGCAGCGCAAGAGCGCCUCCUACCGGACCUCGCUCCUCCACCGUGGACCCUAUCAAGAAGGAAGACGAAGGCACGCCGGAUGUCGAGAUGAAGGACGAGCGCCAGAAGCCAGAAGACAUGGACGACGACGAGUGGGAGAUGCUCAAGGUCAUGGGCUUCGGCGGCUUCAAGUCGACCAAGAACACAAAGGUGCCGGGUAACGACAAGAACUUUGGCGUUAGGAAGGACAAGCAGCUGCAGGCUAGGCAGUACAUGAAUCGCCAAGGUGGAUUCAACAGGCCGUUAAGUCCUAGCAGGAGCUGAGGAGGUGGUAUGGGGACUGGGUUUC